AUCUUUCUAGGGAAAGUUAUUGACUUAGAUGCGAAAUAAAUGUCUGUUUGUGGAAAAUCGUGGACAGGAGGCCGAAUAAAACACCAUUAGUCCAGGGGGGGAUUUUGCUAGAGUCAGGUAAAUGUUCUGAGGGACUUUUCCUCCAGUCUUAAGAAAGUUAGUCACCUCAGUGCCACAUGACACCGACAUGACACCCCCCUCCUCGGUCCGUCCAACUGGACCACAACACGUCAACUUUAUCUCCCCCGCAGUGUUUGCUUCGACUCACAUUUAGCCCUAAGUUUUUCAGCGAAAGCACCCGGUGCGGAGGAAGUGUCUCUCCGGGGAGCAGCAUGCGCUCGUUAGCGGGACUGGCGGCCAUCGUGGCCGCGGCGAGCGUGUACCUGUACCUGCUGUCCACGCACCUUCCCCCGGGGCCGGGGGGGGACCAGGCCCCUGCAGGGGGGGACCAGGCUGUCCCCGCCGGGGAGGACCAGGCCGGCCCCGCGGGGGAGGACCAGGCGGCCCGGGAGCACAGGCUGAAGUUCCCGUCGGACCUGGAGUCUCUGCGGGAGCUCGCUGAGACGCUCAAAUAUUAUAAACGAGAGAACCACGGCUACGUCCUGCUGCUGUUCUGCAGCGCCUACCUGUAUAAGCAGUCCUUCGCCAUACCUGGCUCCUCCUUCCUGAACAUGCUGGCGGGAGCCAUCUUCGGGCCGUGGGAAGGGCUGGUGUUGGCCUGCCUGCUCACCACCUCGGGCUCCACGUUCUGCUUCCUUCUGUCCUCCACGUUUGGGAAGCAGCACGUGGUUCACUUCUUCCCUGGGAAGGUGGCCCUGCUACAGAGGAAGGUGGAGGACAAUCGUAGCAGCCUCUUCUUCUUCCUCCUUUUCCUACGCUUCUUCCCUAUGACUCCUAACUGGUUCCUUAACAUCACCUCUCCUGUGCUCAACAUCCCUUUAUCCAUUUUCUUCUUCUCUGCGUUGAUAGGUCUGAUCCCCUACAACUUCAUCUGCGUUCGGACCGGCUCCAUCCUCUCCCAGAUCUCCUCUCUGGACGACAUCUUCUCCUGGGGGACGCUGGCUCAGCUCCUGGCCAUCGCCGUCAUGGCUCUCGUACCCGGAGCGCUGAUCAAGCGCUACGGCCAAGCUCACCUCAAGGUGGACGGCAUGGACAGCAACGGUACCAGUGAGGCGGAAAUCAGGCGGGAGCGCAAGAGGCGAUGAUUGUGGGGUGAGAAGGGACUUUCAUGGGACUUUCAGCCUCUCCACUUGUAGGCAUGUGGCCUUUUAUCACAGCCAGCCGCGUGAGAGGCUGAUCAUGCUCGGGGUGCGGUCUGUCCAGAACCGUUCCUCUGAUCGUGUUACAACUGGGGAACUGCAACAUUAAAACCUAAGAUCUCUCAACACUAAUGCACUGAGCAAAGACUUGAAGGGAGUUUUCUGAUUUGAACAAUCACAUUUCUUGGACUUCUGUGGAGGAAAAAUCUUUCUCUUCUUGUUUUUAAACAUAUGCAACAUUUUCUGACGUCUUAAUGAAAUGCCUGUUAUAUAGAGGUAAAUAUAAUAUAUUUUUAAUACUUCUGCUUACAGAGGUAGGUUUUAGGUGGUGGAGUCUCCACUACCUUUUCUUCUGAGAUGUUCCUGUUUUGAAAUCAGUGUUGCAGCUUUGCACGUCUUCACAGGUGACGUAAAUGUUGCAAAAUCUGAGGCCAAGUGGAGAUGAGAUGGACAAGCUGCUUGAGUCUAUCCUAAUCUGGGUCUGUGAUGUCAGUACCCUUCAAAUCUGAAUUAUACUUUUUUAGGCAGCUACACACACAACUAAGCUGUGAUAUGUUGAGUUAAAACAAACCCAAUAUAAGCUCUUUAACAUAAAUUUAGUUUUUCCCAAUAUGGCCUGUUUAAAAGUCACACAGGUUUAAAGUUUGUUCCUAAAAGUGCAGAAUAGUUCACAGCCUGCUGAAAAAUUGUAAUAACGCAGUAAAGCAGCCUUGAGAAUAAUUAAUGUAUUGUUUUACCUUUUUUAAAAAGGAUUUUAAUGUAGGUUUUACUGUGGCUGAAGUUGAUUAUUUUAAUCAUAAAUUAUUCUGCAUAUAUUCUGCUUGGUUAAAUGAAAAAUAGUUUUUCUCUCAUAAAAACCUAAACCUGGUUUAUUAUUGACCGUGCUGACUUGGUUUGCAGCUCUAGUGUUUAACAUUGUAAUUUAACUGACCAUGAAAAUAUGAAUUUAUUUCUCAGUUUCUUUGAACUAGACCCCCCACCCCCAGAAAAAAAAGUUCCUUUUCAAUAUCUUCAGUUAGUUUUAUUUACAUAAUCGUGGUAAUGAAUAAUGAAUAUUAGUUAUUUAUCUAAUAACAUUUUUGGUUGUGGUGCUUUAAAGGCACUGAUGUGUCAGACAAUGACGUGCACCUCUAGUGGAGCAAAGCGGUAUUACAAGACAUGCAGACCCAUUUAUAGUCCUUAGCAGUGUUAUCAUUGGCUCGCUUGUCACCAUAGCAGAUAUAUUUACCCACCAUGCAGCCAGAACGUAUAUUGCAACAUAAAGCAGCUUUAAAAAGGUGGCAGUGAUGAUGUUUUCAUUGUGAAAUAUUUCUGUUAUUCUCAAAUGUUGUAAUUGACAGACUGCUGCUCAGGGUUUCUGAGUCUGCAUUCAAACAUCACAAAUGAGACCUUUUUUCCCCGUUCAUCCAGCAGGACAUCCAUGCAAACUAUUGCUGCUUCAUGUCUUACACUCUGCUGUCUGCUUGAAUUAUAAUAAUAUGAGAUAAUGUAACUUUAAACGUGUCUUAAGAUUGUGUUUUACUAAAGCACUUGCAUACAGAAUGUCUUAAUGUGUCCUGCGGUUGUAUUAAUGGAUGAGUGAAGAGGUUGUCAUCUUCAUGUUUUUUUUGUUUUUUUUUUAAUCUUCAUGUUUUCACCAAAACAUCCAACACAAGUAACAUCAAAUAAUUGUUUUGCAUCACUUUUCUUUUUCAUUUUAAACAUCUACGCAGUAUAAAGAAUAAAACAUGUGACUGAAAAAGAUGAGGAAAAGUUGCAUAAGUUGACCUCACUUUUGAUCUUAAAGAACAUGAAAAUGUUUUCUGUCAUUCUUUGAAAGUACUUUUUAAUGUUUGAAAUGAAAGCAUAAUAAAACGCUUUUAUGGAAGAUUGUAGAGCAUAGUCUUAAAAAACAGCUUUUUAUCAAAAGUAUGAAUGAGAUGUAAUCAAAAACAAAAAACUGUUCUGAUGGUGGGAAGAAAAAAAACGAGAAAACCUGCAUUAAACCAGGAGUGGAGCCCUAAUUUUUUUUUUUUUUUUUUAAACUUAAUGUAACAUUUUAAUUACACAUACAAGUGAAGAUUUUAGUAAUGUUGGUGUAACGGCACAAGUUAUUUUCAUUUAUUCAGAUUUUUUUUUUCAUCUAUAGACUCAAAUUUUGGCUUUUAUCUGCAGUUAGGUCAGUUUUAACUAAGUAACAUUAAAUAAAUAAAUCAGGGGUUUUCUUUAACAUCGCACUACAGAAUCAGUCUGAAGUAUUUUUAUCUUGUGCGUGUCAGUUUUUAAGGGCUUCAUGUGCAGUGGAGGAGCAGAUUUGUGUUCUCUUUGACCAAAUCGCUGGGAAAACAGUCUUUUCAAAUCAUUUCCUCAAUCCAUCAUGUUGCAUAUCAUCAGUUUUGUGUGUGUGUGUGUGUGUGUGUGUGUGAGA